AUGCCUAUCAUCUGCAAGCCUCGAGCUCUUACCCAGGAUCUCCAUCCGGACACCCUGCGCGGGCUGCAGGAAGCUUUCCGAUUUGCAGAGGCCACGUCCGUGCAGGCUGAGGCCUGGUGCUCCCAGAACUGCUUGCUGCAGAUGCCAGAGGAGUUGCACACAUGUACUGGCAAGACCCUCGCCUACCUGAUUCCUGCUGUGGAGCAUGUGCUGAAGAACCCACCCCCGGGAAUCGGGGUACUCAUUGCCGCGCCUUCGCGUGAGCUUGUGAUACAGAUCACCCGAGAUGCCGAGACGCUGUGCUCCUAUCACAACUUGCAACCUGGCAGGCAAGUGGUGCCUAUCAUCGGUGGGGUGGCCCGAUCCAAGGAUGAGUCGAACAUCCGACGCCGCCGGCCCGCCAUCCUAGUGGGCACCCUGGCGAAGCUCGUGGAGCAUUUCGAGGCCACCUCACGCUUUGAGACUCUCUUCGAGGCCUUGUCCAUACUGGUGCUGGAUGAGUGCGACCGGCUCCUGCAUGAAGAAAGCUUGCCGGCAUUUCUGGCAUACUUGCCAAGGCAGCCACAGCGCCAAGCAAUGCUGGUGUCAGCGACCAUAUCUGACGAGGUGAAGCAACUCUACGCGAACUUCUGCCGGCCUGGCUUUCGUCAGCUAAACUGCAUACGCGGUGUGCCCACACACGAGGCAGUCGAGCAAUCUGUUGCCUUUGCUCCGCCUCUCUUGCUUGGCACAGCUCUGCGGAAUGCGCUGGACCAAGAGAUCCGCGACAACCCACUGUCGCACAAGGUCCUGGUGUUCUUCCCGACAUCGCGAUUCGCAACGUUUGCAGCCAAGCUCUUCCAGGAGCAGCUGAGCAUGAGGAUCCUGGAGCUUCACCAGCGUGUCAACCCCAAUGCCCGCCUGAUGGCUCACGAGGAGUUCAACAAGAGCCGUGCUGCAGUGCUCUUCACCACCAUGGCCUCCGAGAGGGGCAUGGACUACCCCGAUGUCUCCCUGGUGUUGAACGUCAUGGCCCCAGGAGACCGUGAUCAGUACAUCCACCGGGUUGGACGCACAGCGCGGCAGGGCAAGGAGGGCAAAGCCCUGACGCUGCUUUUGGACCAGGAAGACGGGUUCUUGGCCCUGGUCGACGACCUUCCCAUUGCCAAGUCCACCUCAUCAGGCGCGUUCUUGAAUGACGAGGGCCUCUUCACAGCGCAGGCGCUCUCCGCUGCGAAGUGGGCCAAGAGCAGCUCCCUUCCCACGAUGGCAGCUGCGUGCUUCGCCUCGCUUCUGCAGCACUUCAGGACCAGGCAGGAGCACAUUCAGAUGGAGAAGGAAGAAAUAGUGGACACAGCCUCAGAGUUGCUCCUGGGCUUCGGGCUAUCGGAAGCACCGGCCGUGUCCCUUCAGUUUGCUACCGACCUGGGCCUUGAUAAGUGCGAGAACCUGCGCUUAACACACGUUGUUGCCAAAGCAGAGCGCUACCGCGUGGUGUUGCCGGAAGCCAUCAAGGCUGAGACGGCAGUGGCAGUGGCGAAAACGACACUGGCGCAUAACCAGCUCGAUUUCUGCAGCAAUCUCCCUCGAUGCGUCCAGGACCUUGGCUUGGAGGAGCUCGGUGUGAAGACAAUCUUCGUGGACGAGUACAGCCGCACCAACGUCGACAGCAUCUUCGCCAUCGGCGAUGUCACGGAUCGGAUCCAGCUAACCCCCGUAGCCCUCAUGGAGGGCAUGGCCAUGGCCAAGACCAUGUUUGGGGAGGGCGAAGCGACCCCUGACUACGAGAAUGUGCCGAGCACCGACCUCAUCAUCAGCAUGUUUUGA